UAAACGUGCACGCACGUUGCCGUGCGCUUGCGCAGAAACGUAAAUUACAUCGCGAGUGACAAUGUAAAUGUCGAUAUUCAAAUAAUUAUAUUUCUUGAUUGUGUUUCGUAUUUGUGAAAAUUUAAGUUUAAAUUUGAAAAUGGAGACAUUAAAUUGGAUCGUAAGAAUUAAUUUAAUUUUGUUAAUCGGCUGCCUUUCGGAAUUACACACGGAUACUGUUAAAUAUGAAUACGACAUACUUAGUAAAGUAUUGAAUACCAUCACACCGACCAGUUACAGCAGCGUCAAUGGAACAGACAUUUAUGGUGCCAUUAAACUAAUUACAAAUGAUCCGAUUUCCGUAUCAUUGGAUAAAUUUGAAAUAAAGGAUGAUAAGCUCGUUACUCCCUUCGAAAUUUAUGCCCUCGUGAAUUUCAAUAAAGUUAUAUCGUCUUGUUUAUUUAAUAUCAAAGCGGGCGAUGAUAAUAAACUCAGUCUGUGUGUUGAGAAAGUAGAUGAAAAAAUUGUUAAAUUAAUCCUUAGUAGCAGCACUGUGGAUACGAAUAUACAAAUUUUGUAUGAUAUCGAAGAAAAUUCAUGGUCGAACAUACUUCUACGAGUGGAAGAAAAUAAACUCAGGUUAUACAAUAAUUGUGCCAUAUUCGAUGAACAGUUAUACAGCAGUAUAGAAAAACCACUAAGGGAAAUAGAAAUACCGAAAAACGCAAAACUGUAUCUAGGCAAGCUCGACAAGAAUGACAAACGCUUAUUCGAGGGUUCGAUACAAAGUCUGAAAAUAUUUCCGAAUCCAGAAUUUUACGGACGACGUGAUAUUUGUGAUGACGGUUUUAAACUCCCAGAUAGUAAAGACGAUUAUGCGAGCAGCCACAGUGAUGUAUAUGGCAAACCAGAGAAUCUAGAAGAAAUGUUUACGGAUUCAACUGCAAUUGAAGAUGAAUCGGAUGAUGAAAGUGAGAUUGAUAGCCUAGAAAGGGUUGAAAAGUGCGAUAAAGGUGAAAAGGGAGAUACGGGUGACAAGGGUGAAAAGGGUGACAAAGGUGAAUCUAUUACUGGUCCGAUUGGCUCACCAGGACCGCCUGGUCCAGAAGGGCCUCAAGGAUUACCCGGCAAAAAAGGCGAUGAAGGGUCGUGUCAAUGCUCUGAGAAGGUUGUAUCAAGUUUGCUUCUUACUAUGCCAGCUAUGAGAGGGCCUCCUGGAGAACCAGGACCUCAAGGUGAGGAUGGCGAACAAGGGAGACCUGGGUUAACAGGUCUAAUUGGUAAGCAAGGUGAAAGAGGACCUGAGGGACUGAAAGGUGAUCAGGGCAAUCGCGGUGAAGAUGGUAUACCAGGAAGGGACGGAGAACAAGGAACUAAAGGUGAACCUGGGAAGGAUGGUAAUCCUGGACCUCCAGGACCUGUAGGUCCUAUAGGACCACCAGGUCCGCCAGGGCCUGUGUAUAAGGAAAUAGAAGAGGCAAAAGUGCCAGUUGCGGAUGAAAGGGGCGAAACGGGACCAAUUGGACCACCGGGAACACCUGGGCAUGAUGGAAUGAAAGGAGAAAAAGGUGAUCAAGGUAUGAAGGGUGAAAAGGGAGAAGAAGUGACGAAAAUUAUAACACACAGAGGACUUGACGGUGAAAUGGGCCCACGGGGUGAAAAGGGAGACACAGGAAAAGCUGGCAAAAAUGGUAUUCCUGGAGUACCGGGUACACAUGGUCACUCAGGAGAAAAGGGAGAAAAAGGUGAUAAAGGGGACAGAGGAGAUAUUGGACUUCCAGGGCUACCAGCAAAACUAUCUUCAAUAUUAGACACCGAUAUUGAUCCACUAGAAAAUGCGGAAAUAAUAGAAAAAUUAAGAGGGUACAAAGGUGACAGAGGCGUUGCAGGUCACAAGGGUGAUAAAGGUGAAUUAGGACCAAUUGGACCCACGGGCUUACCGGGCAGUAUUGGACCUCAAGGCCCACAGGGAGAAAGAGGGCCUCAUGGACAUAAUGGCGAAUCUGGGCCUAUAGGUCCAAGGGGGUAUAAAGGUGAACCUGGAGAGCCAGGUCCUCCAGGAAAUGUGCCAACAUCUGCUAUUAGUCUCAUGAAGGGUCCACCAGGUAAGCCAGGACCGCGUGGUCCAAUAGGUCAUACUGGAAAAAGGGGUCCAACGGGUCCUCCUGGUCCAAAAGGACCUAAAGGUCAACGAGGUGAUACCGGAAUACAGGGUGAAGCCGGACCUAAAGGCGAUGUUGGCAUAAUGGGCCCAAAAGGAGAAAAAGGCGAAGUUCCAUACAUUGACGUUAAAAAGUUAAAAGGUGAAAAGGGGGAUACAGGUGAAGCUGGCAAAUCUGGUGAACCAGGAAAACCCGGGUCACCAGGAACUUGCGAAGACUCAAAUUCAAUAAUUGUCCCUGGUCCACCUGGUCCUCCUGGACCACCUGGUCGGCCUGGCGUAUCAAUCACUGGCCCUAAGGGUGAACCUGGAGGAAUCCUUACCAGAAGUACAUUAUAUGCUUUCGGUAAUAAAAACGGUGGUGCAGAUACUUCGAAUGAAGAUGAUGAUUUCUACACAGCAGCAACAAUCAUUUAUAAAUCAAGCACAGCUCUAUUAAAGAGAACUUCGAUUACUCCACUGGGAACUUUGGCUUAUAUUUUAGAAGAAAACAUUUUAUUGAUGAGAGUUGAGAAUGGAUGGCAAUACAUUAUAAUGGGCUCAUUCCUUCAAACUAGAGAAAGUCAUACAAGUACUACCCCGAGGCCAAAAUAUUACAACCCGCCUGCAACAUCCACGUCGCCGCCGCUAAGAGACGCUCCAUAUACAGACAAUUAUAUACGACUAGUUGCAUUAAACGAACCCUAUCCAGGUAAUAUGGUAACUUCGAUAAACAGAACAGGCCGAAGCGCUGCCGAUCAAGAAUGUUACAAUCAAGCAAAGAAUUCGCAACAACCAAGUUCCUUUGUAGCUUUCCUUGCCAAUAAGGUUGAAGAUCUCAGAUCUAUAGUUAAAAGGUUGCGCGACAGAAACGUUCCGGUAGUUAAUUUGUACGGAGACGUACUCUUUGAUUCGUGGUCCAAUAUGUUUAAUGGAUCCGGUGCACUGCUGGCCAAGUCAAACAUUUACAGUUUCAGCGGUAAAAAUGUACUGAUCGAUCCGACUUGGCCAAUUAAAGCGGUCUGGCACGGAGGUAAUUCGUUUGGUAUUCGUACACCAAGGACGUAUUGUGAAGAAUGGCAGAGCGACAGCCCGCUUAGUAUUGGAGCGGCUUCGUCGCUAAAGAGCAAUAGACUUUUAGAACAAGAGCAAUACUCUUGUGACAAUAAGUUAAUUGUUCUAUGUGUGGAGGCUACUACUAACGCACACAGGCAUAUCAGGCAUGCUCACCCAAAAUCAAGAAGACGAUUAGAAAAUUACGAAAAAUUUGACAACCGAAUACCGCGCUUAUAGUAUAGUAUUUUUAUGAAUAUUUAAUAAGGUUUAUACUUUUUAUGCAACUGAGUGUAAGCGUUAAUCAUAACGUAGUCAUUGAAGUGUAGUAUUAUAGGGGUAAGUUUUUUGAAGUAUUUAUGAAGUAAAACUUAUUUUGAAAUAAGAAAGAAUGUAAUAUUAUAUAAUGAAAACGCUUACUUAAUUUACGUUAUUAUAACAUACUCAGUUCAUUAUGUUAAUAUUAUUAUAAAACAGUCGUUUUUACUUAUUAAGUAUUUAUUACGGAUAAGUUUUAAAUAAAUUAGAAGUAAACUUGCGUUUAUAUUAAUCAAAACCGGUUAAUAUUAAAGAAAUGUUUUGUUUAGUCUAAAUGUGUAUUAAUAUAACAUAUUGCGUACUUUAAAAGAUAAAAUAUAAUAAUUUAAAAAUAAGGUUUGACUGUCUUAUGUUCGCAAGUGUGGACGCGUCUUUACAGAUAUUCGAUAACAAUUAAUUAUCUAUUUUUAAGGUUUGCAGUUAUACUACUUUUAAUUAACAAUUAUAAAUAAUUAAUUUCGAAUGUCAAUCAUCAACGCUUAAAUAAAUUCUAAAACAAAUUGAUUGAUUGUUCGAUUGUUUUGAAAAAAAUGUUGUUUUUUUACGCAAAGGAGCAAUAGGCUCAUCUGAUGGAAAGUGAUUACCACCGCCCAAGGACAUCUGCAACACCGGGGGGCUUGUAUGAAUGAGUACGCUCUUUUCUUGAAGUUUCCCAAGUCAUAUCGGUUCGGAACAACCGCCGGCGAAACCUGGUUCCGCUGAGUGGUUGUGCAAAGCAGAAAAUAUCUUAAAAAUCGCGUUGUUGUGGAUUUUGACGAGAUGUCCGAAGGUGAAAUUCAGCAACCGGGAUUAAUCCAAACAAUUCCUCGGAACAUUCCCCGUAAAAAAAUCGCUAGAAGAUGCAGAGUAAUCCAACAUCUCUACGCAAAGCCAAAGGAUCAAGCAAAUCGGAAAGGGCUUGAUCGUUGAUAAUUCGAGCCGCUCUGCGUCAGUCAAAUGGAAGGAGCUGGAUUACCAGUAGGGGAGCACCCGCCCAGAGAUGGGCCGACGGUAAAUACUGUCUUGCCUUGUUGAGCACAACGAGCUUUUUGAUGCCUGUCUGGCUUUACCAACGAACGAGAAAGAACGAGGCUCGAAACAUCAAUGCCAAGUAUCCCGAUACUAGCUGUGGCGGCUAUCGGAAUGUUCUCAAAUCGAUAAGAUACAUGGUAAUUUACUUGCGUCUUUUUGGGGUUGAAGUGAACUAGGUUUAGCUGGCCCUAUAGAUUCGCAGAUGGUUGUCGCAGUCUACUCCCAGCCAGGUAAUCAAUAGGUCCUGUCCUUCAAGGUAGCUGACGCGUCGAGAGCACAUAUCAUCUCUGACGUAAACGUACACCCCAGCUCCUGGUACAAACAAAUGUUCCAAUUUGUACCCUGAGUAAAACAGAAAAAUGGUAUCGGUAGGAAAUGAUACAGAUAUCCUCUCGUAUUUUUUAAAAAAAGCAAAGCAAUGCCGGCUUCGCCGUCUCAAGGUGAAAGUAAACGGCGUUCAGGUUGUGUCCCCUUAUGUUGCAGAAGUCACAGCAAAGCUGGGCUAGUAGGGGUUGCCUUAUCAUGCCUGCUCCGCUUGCCCCGAACAGUGGCAUGCGCAAAAUUAACACCCCCUCCCAGUAUUCGGUGGGCAGCCUGGGCAUCCCUACUCAAGUGUACUGCGUAGGCUGUAUAUCCUGGGCAUGGAUACCCAGAGAGGGAUUCUCUACUACAAUCGCUGAUCCUAGGGUAAUGUAGCCUAGUUCUGCACAACCAUCAUGUUUAGGGGAGGAGGGGGAUCGGGCCUCCGGGACUCUUACAUACCGGACGAAACGCGGUUGCAUAGCUACAUUCGGCUGCAUCCCCAAGGUAUGCGUAGCAUAGCACUGCCCCUAUAAUUACAAAAAAUAAUUUAUAUCUCUUUUUAUUUAUUUAUUAAUUAUUUUUGUAAUACCUAUAAUAAUCAUAAUUUAAGGCUUUCGUAUUAAUAAGUUUUAUUUUGUAUUUUUAAUUUGAUCACUGUUCCUAUUCAAAUACUUUAGCAACUCUAAGCUUUUUGUAUUUUUACAUCCGUAAAGAACAGACUUAAGACUAUGAGAAACCUAUGUUUUUUUUUUUAAAUAUAUUGUAAUUAUAGAACCCCAUUAGAGGGGAGUCUAUAUCUAAAAAUAUAAAACAACAUUAUUAGCUAUGAAAUUUAGGUUUAGAAUCGAGAAUGAAAGAUCAAUAAUGAACUGUCAAAUUUCAGAUUUUUUAUUGUCCAAGUCAAUUUCCCUCGCUAACAGAAGUAUAGGAAUAGAUUAUAAUGAAACUUGUUUAUCUGAAAAUGAAUUUUCACAGAGAAACAGGAUGAAAUAAAUAGAAAUUGAACGUGUACGAGCUGUUAUUAUUAAGCGUUAUUAAAAUUAGAUAAGAUUCUUAACAACUUGUAGGUGCCAUAAAUGUUUUUUUACGAUCAAAUUUGCAAGAU